CUCAUGCUGUUCGGGACCCCACCCCUAUUUCCAUUAUUCUUCUUUGUUCCUUUUCAACCAGAAGCUCCCAGUCCAUCUUCUCCUCCUCCUCCUCCUUCUUCUUCCGGCCAUGGACGACUACAACCGAUCAAAAUCCUAUGGCCCCAACACCAUGCAGCUGGACACCUACUAUCCUCCUCCUAGACAUCCCACUUCUUAUGACCUCCGGAGCUACAGUGCCUCCCAUGCUCACGCACAGAUGUCUAAUUAUGAAUUCAACAAUAAUAACGUUAGGGACUUGAAGUUGAAGAAAGGUAAGAGUACUUUUGCCUCUUCUUCUUCAGUGCCCUGGAGCUUUUCUGAUCCUGAGUUUCAAAGGAAGAAGAGGGUGGCUAGCUACAAAAUGUACAGUGUUGAAGGCAAGGUUAAAGGCUCUUUGAGGAAGAGCUUUAGGUGGCUUAAGGAUAGGUACACCCAGGUUCUCUAUGGCUGGUGGUGAUUUUUUUUUUCUUAUUUUUAUUGUUUUUAUCUUAUCUUGUGAUUGCAUUCAUGUUGUGGUAUGUGUGACAAGAACAAAUUUUGUGACACAAAACAGAGGGAAAAAGAAGAACUUCUAAGAUUUGUGGGUAUUUAUUAUCGAUGUGGUUUUGUCAUAUGAGGUUUACCUUUAAUGUAAAAUCUAGCUCUUGGAUAUGUUAUCUGGUUUUCAUUUA